AUGGGCCGCCACGACGGGCAUGGGCGGACGCUCCUCCGGAUUUGGAGUUUCAGUAUGCUGCAAAUGACCAUGCCAUCGUUCACCGUAACCUCCCGUUCAUCGCAUGGCGUUACCUUAUCGGCGCUCCAUGCUCGUCAUUCUCAAAGUUUGCACAAGAGACACGUCCACAGCCAAGUCCGGGCAGUGGCGCAAACACAACUGCAGUACCAGAAACUGGGAGAUUCAGACCUCCUUAUUAGUGAGGUCACUCUUGGAACGAUGACUUUUGGAGAGCAAAACACAGAGAAGGAAGCACAUGAUAUGCUCUCUUAUUCUUUUGAUAAAGGUGUCAAUAUCCUAGACACAGCAGAAAUUUACCCACUUCCAUUCAAAAAGGAACAUCAAGGGAGAACUGAUCUUUAUAUUGGCAGGUGGAUGCAACUGAAGCCACGAGACAAGAUAAUUUUGGCCACCAAAGUUGCCGGCUAUUCAGAGAGGUUUACAUUUCUUCGGGACCAUGCAGAAGUGGUGCGUGUUGAUGCUGCCAAUAUCAAAGAAAGUGUUGAAAAGAGCCUCAAGCGCCUAUCAACAGAUUACAUUGAUUUGCUCCAGAUACACUGGCCAGAUAGGUAUGUGGCACUAUUUGGUGAAUUUAGUUAUAAUCCAACCAAAUGGAGGCCAAGCAUCCCUUUUGAGGAACAAUUGAAGGCUUUCCAGGAGCUAAUUGAUGAAGGAAAGGUUCGCUAUAUUGGUGUUUCCAAUGAGACCUCAUAUGGAGUAAUGGAGUUUGUACAUGCUGCAAAGGCUCAAGGCCUUCCGAAGAUCGUGAGCAUCCAGAACUGUUAUAGUCUACUUGUGAGAUGCUGCUUUGAAGCUGAUCUUGUUGAAGUUUGCCACCCGCAUAACUGCAAUAUUGGACUGCUUGCCAACUCCCCAUUGGCUGGUGGGGUUCUCACUGGGAAGUAUCUUGAUGCUGACACAGGAAUCUCAAAGGGCAGCAGGCUAAAUAUCUUCCCUGGAUUCAUGGCUCGCUACAAUGCCUCUUUGGCUCAAGAAGCGACAAAUGAGUACAUAAGGCUUGCCAAGAAGCAUGGGCUAACUCCAGUCCAGCUUGCCCUCGGCUUUGUGCGUGACCGUCCAUUCACCACUAGCUCCAUCAUUGGAGCAACCACCAUGGAUCAUUUAAAGGAGAACAUCGAUGCAUUUACCAGCGCUCCACGGCCUCUACCACAAGAAGUUCUUGACGGCAUUGAUGAUAUUUUUAAGAGAUACAAAGACCCAGCAAUCCUCUAG